UUGGAGGGAGGGGAGGGAGGUCGCGCUUCACCCUUGAAUCCAAACAGCUUGCAGUGGUUUGCUAAUUUCUGCCAUGGAUUCUACUCAGUAGCUUCCCUUUGUUCCCACGAAGCAGUUCUGAAAUGAUCGAAUUAAUGGCGGUAUUUUAGCAUUGAAGUAGAGACUAUGGCGGUCGACACCAAUUUGAAUUUCCAAUCUAUGCUUGAGAGUUUGAAGGUGGAAGAUCCAUGGCUUCCUCCUAGAACUUGGGAAUCCAUCCCUUCACAAACCCAACAAUCUCAGCUCCCUUCUCGUAGUAGUAAUGGCGUCUCUUCCUCUUCAGUCUCCGAGGCAAGCUUGGUUAGAUUGGCGAUGAACGCACUGCAAGGGUUGGAGUCAGCACUUAUCAGCGUGGAAAAGUUAUCUGCUGCCUUUUGUUCUGAUCCUUCCGACAGGACAUUCCAUCAAAUUCCAUCUCUAUGGAAUCGCAUUUCAAGUACGCACGCUUUGGGAAAGAUACUCAGGUUGAUUGGCUGCGUUGGGUUUUUAGUUUUCCUUCUUCAUAAAUUCGUAGACCACUUUACUGAAUUGGGUAUGGAUGAAGCGUUUAAUCAUAAGAGUUAUCUACGUAAGGUCGAAAAAUGCAGAAGUAACGAUGGCAGUGAUGUGAGAGGGAAAGAAUGCUCCCGAAAGAGUCUUGUUAAUCAGGCAUUUGCAGUUGCACUGAGAAAGAUUUUGGAAGGCUAUACGUGUGCAUUAGAUUCGUUGCAUGCCUCAGUAGGUUUGAGAAGAACGCCAAAAGAGUUCGAUGCGUCUUUUCACGGAUCAUCAGUGGAAGGAUGUCUUAUGAGCGCGGUGCAUUCUGACAUAACAUUAUUAGAGGUGUACCUUCAUACAAGGGAAUUGAGAAUUCAGAUUGAAGUACUUGGAAACAUAUGUAAAUUGCAAAAUGUAGCUAAUGGCUUCUCAUCGUUACCAUUUCAAGACCUCAUUGAUAAGGCGACCUCUGAAUUUUGUAACUUUUAUUGGGGAGGAGACUUGCUAACAUAUUUGUACACACAACUCCAGGUUGCUGAUCCUGCUCAUUGCGCUGUACUCAAGUUUCUGUUCCUCCGCUCAUGUGAACCAUAUUGUGCCUUUAUUAGAUCAUGGAUAUACAAAGCCGAAGUUGUUGACCCUUAUGCAGAGUUUGUUGUUGAAUAUGAUGACAUUAAAACUCCUAAUCUCAAUACUGCUGGAAUCUCCAGUUUUCCACUAGCAUGUACAAGGGAGAGAGAAGGAGUCCCUGUUCCUUGUUUUAUGAAGGAAUUAUUGCUUCCACUUCUCAGAGCUGGUCAGCAGCUUCAAGUACUAGUGAAAUUACUUGAAUUUGGUACUUCUGUUGCCACUGCAGAAUGUACUUACGAUGAUUUUCUUCCUUGUUGGACUGGCUUUUCUAGUAAUCAUGUGUACUACGAAUCUGUAAUCUCUUUCAGCAAAGAAAAUGUUGAGGCCAGGGUUUCUGCAAGGGACGUUUACUAUGAAAGGAUGCAGAAAAAACUUGAUAAUCUUCUGACAAAAAUAGAGUUCAGAUAUGAGCAGAUGGUUCCAGGUGAUGCAGUAUCUCUGAUCUUUCCUCAUGUUGGAGGAGGAAUAAGUGCACCUUUGUCAGUUAAAUCAGGAAAUAGCCUAUUUGUUCCAGAAGUGGACAAGAGCUCAAAAAUGUUAAAAGAUAACACAGAUCAUGAUGACUCUAUUAGUUCAUCAGAUGCAGCUGAUGUUGCAGUGGACAUGUAUAAUUCACCCAUGGAGAUGUAUGAUUCCUCCGGAUGUAAAUCUUCAAGUAGCUGUGAAGAUGAAAUUGAGUUUGAUCAAAAGAUUGAUCCUCACAAUAACAUGGGCGUGCUAAAGGAAAAUCAUUUUUCUUCUUUAAGCUUCUCCAAGAAUGAUUUGAAUAUUAAUUUUUUAAGGAAGGCUUCUGAUUGUGAAGGACCAUUUCAUGUAGGAAGUGUUUUGGAUGGGAAUUCUACGAAGAUAGAUGAUGUAAAUUUUGUUGUGCAAUCGCAAAAAAAUGCCUUAAAUUCAAGUGAUACAUCUUUGUUCUUUGACUUGGCUAAUUGGUCGUGGAAUUCUGAUGUCACCUGCACUGGUUAUUCAGAUAUGCAUUCCUUGGAUUCUGAUUUAAGGAAAACCAGAAGAAACUCUAGAGUCCAUAUUGGAGAAUUAUCUCUUUCUAGGAAGAGGAUUGGUGAUUCCAGUGGUGCAGAGGAUGCCUCAUUGAACAAUCAACUUGAUAAUAUUCCACGUGCUUCUAAUUUGUUUUUUGCACAACCACAGAAUCUUGAUUACUCUAGCAAGUUUUUCAGUUUGAAUCCAAUGGUAACAAGAAAUGUUUUCCUUCCUAAGAUGAGCAAGCCUGAUCAGAGGCAUGCUAGUGCCUUGGGUCAAUCUUUUCCUUUCUUUGAUUUUUCUGUCGUAGAGGAUCCGUGUAAGGUAUGCCCAGAAAAGAUACUGCCUAGUUCUGGAGCUGAAUCAUUAUGUGGUGGGAACUCUCAAGCUCUUGCUUCCAAUAAUAAAAAUAGUGAUUCUAGUGAACAAGGAUGUGGAGAGGAUAUUUUUGUGGACAAUACUAUAUCUUACAAUGACAAAGAAAAUAUUUCAACUAAUGUUUCUGGUGGAAGGAGCUGGGAAACUAUACUUUGUACAGCAAGCAAGAGAACUGUUGAUAAUAAUGCUGAAGAGCAGAAGCUAUCUUGUUCAGGAUUGUUUGAGUUGCCACUUGAUUACGUUAUUCACAAAUGCUUAGUGCAAGAAAUAAUCCUUCAAUAUACAUAUGUCAGCAAGUUAACUAUAAAGUUACUAGAUGAAGGAUUUGAUUUGCAAGAGCAUCUUCUAGCACUGCGGCGGUAUCACUUUAUGGAACUAGCAGACUGGGCAGAUUCAUUUAUCACAUCUUUGUGGAAUCAUAAGUGGCGUGUCAUAGAGGCAGAUAGUAAGCUUCAAGAUAUUCAAGGUUAUCUUGAAUUGUCUGUUCAAAAGUCAUCGUGUGAACAUGACCGCAACAAGGAUAGAUUAUUUGUCUACAUCAAAGAAGAGUGCACUCUGCCUCUUUCCAAAGGAACCAUCGGGAUUGAUUCAUUUGAGUUUCUAGGUUUGGGAUAUCAUGUAGAGUGGCCUAUCAAUAUCAUUUUGACGCCUGCUGCAUUGAAAAUAUAUGCCGAUAUUUUCAGCUUUCAUGUUAAAGUGAAGCUUGCUGUUUUUUCUCUGACCAAAGUUUGGUCCUCAUUGAAGGACAUGGGUAUCUUGAUCAGUCAGAAUCGCCACUCCAAACCUAUUAAUCAGGAAAUCCAGCAUUUCAAUGUUUUGGUGAAGACUAGGCAUGAAGUCAGCCAUUUUGUAUGUGUAUUACAGCAUUAUGUGGAGUCUCAAUUAUCACAUCUAUCUUGGUGUAGAUUUCUUCAAUCUCUUCAACUUAAGGCAAAAGAUAUGAUGGAUCUCGAGUCAAUGCAUAUGGCUUAUUUAACUGAUGCAUUUCACACAUGUUUCUUAUCUGAAGAAACACUAUCUGUGGCUGGUAUCAUUAAUCAAAUCUUGCAAUGUGCACUGGAUCUCCGAUGUUGUUUUACUGGUGACAUGUGGAAUACUCAAGUUGAUAAUGCAGCUUCUUCGAGGAGACUUUCUGAGAUCAACAAGUCUCAGGUACUUGCCGUAAAGGAGAGAUUUGACAAAAACAUGAAAGAAUUGCACCUGCUUUAUCUGAAGUCACCUAAGCUCGGAGAGUAUGGGUUAUCUCGAUUAUGGGAAUAUUUCAAUUACAACGAUCAUUACUCUGAUACUGGUAAUGAAAUGAAUUACUAUGCCUUCUCGGUCUAAUGAUUGAUUUCAAACCAUAAGAGAGAUAAGGUCCUAAUGUUUGUGAAAUUGAAUUAGUUAGGUCGAGUUGGGGUAGCUUCUAUGAUGCUUGAAUGCUUGUAAUUCGAACCAUGUUGCAUUCAAGGUUUCUUAGUGAAGAUGCUCUGUUAGCCCCUUUACAGAGGACAGUUCUUGUAAUUGGAGUAGUAAUGUUAUUGCUAUGGUAGUUCUUAUUGAUGAGUGAAGUGUGCAGAAGAUGGAUGGCUUACCCUUAGUUUGUGUUAUAG